ACAAAAAGGCGUACAAGUACACCCUUGGGUUGGGUAUAAUACACACAGUGGAUCAGGAAAUCGAUCCAAUAAGCAACUAGCAGCAAGAAUGGCGUCCGGCCAUCGUCUUCUCCUCCCGGCCGCCGUCCUGCUCUCCCUCCUCGCCGCCUGCGCUGCCACCACCGACCCGACGGCGUGCGCCCCCGGGAUGGCCAUCCCGGUCCCGCCCGUGCCGAGCUGCCGCAUCUACGCGGUGAGCCGGACCUGCGGGCUCGGCGGGCCCUACGGCCCCCGUGACCCGUCGCCGGUGCUGAAGGAGCGGUGCUGCCGGGAACUCGCCGCCGUCCCGUCGCGGUGCCGGUGCGCCGCGCUGGGCUUCAUGAUGGACGGCAACCCCGGCCGCCUCCAGGGCUUCCGGGGAUGCUCCAGGGAGGCGCAGAGGAGCUUCGCGCGCAGGCUGACGAGGCAGGCGGAGUGCGACCUGCCCACCGUCGACGGCGGCAUGUGCUACGAACUCGCCGGGGAGCACUGGGGCGGCGCGGUGUCGGCGUACUGAAGCGUGGCGUCAUGGAGUGGAAUAAUUGUGAACAAUAAAAUUUAAGGAGAAUUGUGUCAGCUGGUUUGAUGUAGCUUAUUCAUGAAUUUGGAUCAAGUGAUGAUGAGAUG